UAUAUACAGGUUUGAAGCGGUUAGACUUUAAACAUGGGCAGAUGAGAAGCGUCAACCUGCGGAGGAUGUUGACACCGGCAGUGUGUGCCAGUCAAAUGUGUCCGUGUGCACGCGAGCGCGUGAGUUCCGCGCGUCAUGGCCGCUGUGAGCUGCGCGAGGUUACUGUCACCGGGAUGCGUUCACGGACUGCGGCUCGGUUCGAGGGUUCUUCCAGCUCUGACCCGAGUCGCUCCGCUGCGCAGCCACAGGCUCGGCCCCGCCGAUGACGAGCUGUACCAGAGGACCACGGUGUCCGUGAUGCAGAAGGAGGCGGAGGCAGGAACCAUCAUCUACAGCUACAGCCCGCGAGGAUUCAACAUCAGCGGCAACAGAGUGCUGGGCCCGUGUGCCGUGGUGCCGCCGGCCAUCCUGCAGUGGAACGUGGGCCGUCACACGGACAUCACGGAGGAGAGCUUGUCUCUGUUUCAUCUGCUGGAGCCGCGCAUCGAGGUUCUGGUUUUGGGGACGGGAGCUCGUACUGAACGUCUGGAUCCAAACGUGCUGGACUCCCUGAGGAAGAAGGGCAUCGCCGUCGAGGUUCAGGACACGCCCAACGCAUGUGCGACGUUCAACUUCCUGUCCAGCGAGAGGCGAUUAGUAGCGGCCGCGUUGAUUCCCCCUCCGGCCUCGAGCGCCGUCGAAUGACAGCAUCACGCAGGAAACAUGUUUUGUGAUGUCAUUUCCUCAUGUGUGUCACAUGACCUCUGUAAAUGUCUUUAUGGCAGAGUUCUGCUGAUGAAUGUAUAGUGAAUACAGACAGAUUAAAGGUAUUAAACGUG